AUGGCUAAUUUAGCCUUAGAAAAUAUGAAAAAGAAAGUAUCUACCAUUCCACACCAAGAAAACUGUGCAACUCAAUUUGGUAAAUCGGAAAACUCCAAUCAAAGUCCCAGCCUGGUUAACUUUCAGGAUGAAAUAGAAACUGUACCAACCUCUACUGCUGCCAAUGAAGAUUUUCUAAAAAUGCCAGAAUCAUUUCACAAUAUAAUUUUAAAAAUGGAGGGACAAAAUAUUUCUUUAUUGGAAGUGAUUAAAUUAUAUAGGGACUUUCAAAUGAAGUUGAUUGAAAGACGUGAUCAUUUGUUCUUGCCAUUUUCUGUUAAGCAACUAAUGUCAAAGCUAGAAGCAGAAGGUAACAUCAAUAUUAUUUCUAAUAAAAAAGCAAUUAAAACUUUUUAUUCCACUUGCAUUGAAUAUUUGGAUCAAUGGAGUCAACGUUUUACUGAUAUUGAAGGCUAUCAAUGGGUUUUACUUGAUCAUAUUCCAACCUACAAUCAAAUAGAACUUUCUGCUCAAAACAUUAUACAAAAUUUUGAACAAGUGACAAUUAUUGACACAGAGCUUUUUGAUGAAAUUUCGGUGUUAAGAAACUUGGUUAUAGAAGAAAAAGUUGCCAGUCAGAAAAAAGCCCUCUACCACUGGAAUCAAAGUGGGUCGAAAUAUUUGAUUAUUUCACUAAGAAUGAUGUACUCUAAUCUAAAGAUUUUGGUCGAAUAA